AUGAAUUCGAAAUCUAAACUAAAUCAAAAGUUCAGUCAGAUGGAUUCACAGUAUAUUAAUGAAGAUUGGUACAAUGGAAGUAUUAAGUCAAUCACUCUCCAAAAUUUUAUGUGCCAUGAAAAUUUUCAUUUAUCAUUGAAUCCUCGAAUUAAUUUUAUAUCAGGUUUAAACGGUAGUGGAAAGAGUGCUAUCCAAACUGCUCUUGUUAUAGGGUUUGGUGCUAAUGCAAUUACCACUAGCCGUGGUGUUUCAUUAAAAUCAUUUAUCAAAUAUAACCAAUUAAAUGCUACUAUAUCAAUUUCCAUAGCAAAUAGUGGAGAAGGAAAUGGGGACUGUGGUCCUUACAAGCCUGAAGUGUAUGGAAAGCAAAUUACUAUAGUAAGACAAAUUAAUGAAACAUCUAAUAGUUUUACAAUUUUAAAUGAAAAUAAUAAAGUUGUUGAAAAAUCUAGAAAAGAAUUAAAUAAUUUGACACUUCAUUUUAAUAUAUUAGUGGAUAAUCCAAUAUGUAUCAUGAAUCAAACGAUGGUAAAAACAUUUCAUAAAAAUGCAAAACCAAAUGAGAAGUAUGAUCUUUUCUAUACAGCCAUAUCUGCCAAUUUAUUAAAUGAAAAAAUUGAAGAAACAAAGUCAGUAGCAACAAAGCACUCGGAAAAACUUGAAAAUAUUAAAAGUUUUUUGGUACAAUGUUUAAAAGAAUAUGCUUGGUUUGUUACUUAUCAACUUGAAACAACUUAUAAAAAUCAUUUAAACCAAAUUGAAUCUCUUCAAGGUAUUCUGUCUGAAAAUACAGACAAAAUAAACAUUUUGGAACAGAAUAUUAAAGCAAAUUCAGAAACAUUGAUGGUAAAAAAAAAUGAAUUGACAAAUAUUGAAAAUUCUCGCUCGCAUUAUCAUAUGGUUUCCAUGCAAACAAAAAAAGAAUUACUGCACAAAAACAAUGAGCUUGAUUCAGUGAAGCAAUCUGUUAAAAAAUAUGAUUCUGCUUUAAUGUUAUUAAACAGUAAUAGAAAAGAUUUAGAAAAACUCAUUGAAGUUGAACGUCAAAAAGGCAAUACCAAUACUUUAGCACAGUAUAAAGAAAUGUUGGCACGCUAUGAGCAAAAUUGUUCUGAAGCGGAGGCAGCAUGGAAAACAAAUAUGGAACAUGAACAAGCUCUACGUAAUACAGUUGACGAAUUGAAGGAGAGUGUUAGAAAUUUAAAGAACAACGAGGUUACUCCUUUACAAAUAAAAAUAGGUGAACUUGAUAGAACUAUCAGAAGUAUGUCUCAACAAGAAGACAGGAUCAAUGUGUAUGGGAACUGGAUGCCAAAAUUAGUUAAAGCUAUUGAAAUUGCCUUUAGUCAAAACAAAUUUAUAAAAAAACCAAUAGGUCCUAUUGGGGCAUAUAUUAAAGUGAACAAUGACAAAUGGAUAUUUGCAAUCGAAAACUUUUUAGGUCGUGGGACUUUAAGAAUAUUUUUAGUUGAUAACUUUACAGAUAACAAAGUACUUCAAUCAAUAAUGGAUAGAAUAAUUACUGGAAACAUAAAACAACCCACUGUUAUUACUAGCAAAUUUUUUGACAAAGUUCAUAACAUUACUGCUACAGAAACUCAAAAUAAUUUGUUUCGUAUGUUAAACUUCACUAGUCCUAUAGUAGCUAAUUGUCUGAUUGAUAGCGAACAUAUUGAGACGAUAAUGCUUGUAGAUAGACAUGGAGGAAGCUAUGCUUAUAAUGAGAAAAUAUAUGGAACUCAAGUUUAUCCUAGUCCUUCAUAUAGAGUGUAUUCUUUACAAAAUGAAACUGCGCCAACUCUCUUGCAAAGUGAUGUUUCCGUUGCUGUUAAUAACUUGAAACGUGAGAAAAAAGAGUUAGAAGUAAAAAUUAAUAAUAUAAACAGAGAAUUUGAAAAUUUAGAACGGUCAAAAGUAGAAAAGCAACAACAAUUCGAUAAGGCUCAAUCAGAGUCACGAUUACUUAAGGCCAAGUAUGAUGAAUACUCAAAAAAAAUUAAUGAACUUAAAGCUAAAUGUGAGGAAGAACAAGAAGAUAGAUUGGGCACUCUUACUGAAGAAAUAAAUGAUGUUGAAUUAAAAAUAAUUAAAGCCAAUGAAAUAAAAAAUAAUUCCAUGAAACCAAUUCCAAAGUUUCAAAAAGAAAUUGAUGUAUUACAUGAGAGACUGAGAGAAGUAACAUCUUUUAACGAAAAGACUGAUCGUUCUGCAUUUUUUGAAGAAAUUGAGACCGUUCAAACUCAAAUAAAUAAACAUAAAAGAGAUAUUUUGCAAAUUAAUAAUAUUUUAACAGAACAAAAACAAAUGUUAAAUAAUUUAAACCAAAAAGUGGAACGUGAGAAAAAUGAUCUCGAAAAACUAAUCAAAGACGCUGAGCUAUUUGGUAAGAAAAUAGAAGUAUCACGCAACGAAGAAGAUAUAAAGAGGGACAUAGAAGAAAUUAAUCAUAAAAAGGAAUUAUUACAAAUGGAGAUCGAUAAGAGAGGUGAAAAUAUUCUAGUCUUAACAGAUGAAUUUAAGAAGAAAAAAGAAAAAUAUAUAAAGCAUAGCGUUUUACAUAAAGAAAUUGAAGAUAUUUACAAAGCCAACGAGAAAUCUAUUGAUCUUAGUGCAAUAGCGCUUAAGCACUACAUUGAUCAAUAUCGGUUGAAAGUAAUUGAAGAUUUUGACAUGAUUCUAGGAUUAGGCAAAAUAAAGGGUAAGCUCGAAAUUGAUAGGCAUAAACAAAGUUUGGAGAUCUCAAUGUUUGAUAACAUAAGUACUUCAUGUGCUUCCGGUGGUGAACGGACAUUUGCUACAGAUGCUUUGAUUUUGGCAUUAUGGAACAACAUACAAUUGCCAUUUUACUCCAUUGAUGAAUAUGAUGUAUACAUGGAUGAUGUUACUCGAUUAGCCACUAAUAAGCUGCUGAUGAUGGCUGUUGAAAGACGUAAAAACCAAUUCAUAUUUAUCACUCCACAAGACAUAUCCCAUAUACAAAGUGCUGAUAAUAUUAAGGUAGUUAAAUUAAAAGAUCCUAUAAAAGAUCUUAAAAGAUCUUAAAAGUUUUUUAUUUUUAGUUAUUUCUGUUCUAAUGGGUUAUAAGUAACUAGAUAUUAUU